CCGUUUGGUUGUUACGCAGACGCACACUUCGGCCAGGCUAAGCAUUAGUAGAUUAGUAGUUGAAUUUCGGUAAGUGUGAGUACUAGCAGCAGGCAAAUAAUAACUCGUAAAAAUUUAACGAAUUAGGUAGCGCAAUAACGACAUUAGACGGUUAAGUCGACACACAGACAAGAUUUUAGACAAUGGCUGGUGGCAAAGCAGGUAAGGAUUCCGGCAAGGCAAAAGCGAAGGCAGUUUCACGUUCAGCAAGAGCAGGUUUACAGUUUCCUGUGGGUAGAAUUCAUAGGCAUUUGAAAAAUAGAACAACAAGUCAUGGUCGAGUAGGAGCAACAGCUGCUGUAUAUAGUGCUGCUAUUUUGGAGUAUCUCACUGCUGAAGUUCUCGAAUUGGCGGGUAAUGCAUCAAAAGACUUGAAAGUAAAACGUAUUACACCCAGACACUUACAGCUUGCCAUUCGUGGAGAUGAGGAAUUGGAUAGUUUGAUUAAAGCUACCAUUGCUGGUGGUGGUGUCAUUCCUCAUAUCCAUAAAUCACUAAUUGGUAAGAAGGGAUCUCAAAAACCAGCAUAAAAAAGAUUUACAUAAAUAAAUAAUUUUGAAGCUAUAAUAAUAUUAAGAAAUGAGUAAUAUAAUGAUAAGCGUUAAAAUACUACUGAAAACUGUGAGACAAUUUAUUAAGGCAAAGGAAGAGAGCAAAGAUGAAACAAUGGUUGUUAAAAAGUACCUAAGUUUUAAAUCCAUAGACAAGCGUAAUAUAUAUAUAUAUAUAUAUAUAUAUAUAUAUAUAUAUAUAGUUACGUAUAGAAAUAUGAAUUAAACAACGGUAAAAGCAGUGUGAUAUUGUCAGACUACUUUAAAUAGCUAAAUAUAGUAUUUGGCAAAUAUCAAGAUUUUCUUUUCAUAUCAGACAGUCAAGUCGAUACGUUCUAGCAUCGUCACAAGAAUGUUUUGAUAAAAAGAAAAGUCUUAAUUCGCUUACUGGAACUCAAUAUAUGUAUUUCUUUCUUCUGUGUUGCAACUUUUUUUUAUCUAAAAAAUUUGCUACUUACAUUAUAUCUUUCGUGCUAUUUUAUUUAUUCAUUCAUUAAUAUCAUCAAUGCUAUCUCUGACAAUGCCAAAUAAUAAAAUAAGUAGUAUAUUAAUUUCCUUCAAUAAUUAUUUGUAAGUUUGAGUAAUUUUUCCAUUAGUUCAUUUCUGCAUGUAAAAAAUCUCCAAUUUUUCAUAAACAUAAGAGAACAAUCUAGUUCAUAAGAUUUGAAAAUCCAACAGUUGGAUGAAAUUAUUUUUGGAAAAUUCAAAGCUCUUGAAAUAAAUCUAUUAUUGCUAUUCUAUUGAUAUAAGUUUUUGCUUAUAUAAGUUGGAGAUCUUUUUCAAUUAAGCCUGACCUGACAUAUUAACUAAUUUUGACUCGUUUUAGAGUUUAAACCAUUCAAAUUCUGUAUUUACAUGAAUUUUUGUCAUCAAAAAACAAUCGUAAAAAAUAUUUUAUUCUAUUAACUCUGUUUUUAAAGUAGCUUUCCUUAUAAUCAUAGAUUAGAAAAAAUUUCUUCUGUAAUGUUUCGAAUUCAUCUUAGUGAAAUUAAUGAAAAAUUGAUUGUGAAGUACUUUGUUGUAAAAAUGUAAACUCUUAAUAUACAAUGAAGGUAUGUAAUAAAAUUGUUUAAUUGUGAAUUUAGUAAAAUAAUUUUUUUCUUCAGUAAUCCCACGAAUGAUUUAUUUGGAAAACACUACUCUGAGUGUGGGUGGGCGCGCCCGCGCGUGUGUAUGUGUGUGUAUGUGUCCAUACAUAAG